ACCUCUUGAACUUGGUGGUGGCAGCGCAGGGAUGGCGGCGGGGACGGGGGCUCCGGGAGGUGGCGGCCCCGGCAUGGACGCCCGGCUGGACCAGGAGACGGCCCGGUGGCUGCGAUGGGACAAGAAUCCCUUAACUUUGGAGUCAGUGAAACAACUAAUUGCAGAAGGUAAUAAAGAAGAACUGCAAAAAUGUUUUGGGGCUCGAAUGGAGUUUGGGACAGCUGGCCUCCGAGGUGCUAUGGGAGCAGGAAUUUCUUGUAUGAAUGACUUGACCAUCAUCCAGACUACACAGGGAUUUUGUAGAUACCUGGAAAAACAAUUCAGUGACCUUAAGCAAAGAGGUGUUGUGAUCAGCUAUGAUGCUCGAGCCCAUCCAGCAAGUGGAGGCAGCAGCAGAAGAUUCGCCCGACUUGCUGCCACUACGUUUAUCAGCCAGGGGAUUCCUGUGUACCUCUUUUCUGAUAUAACCCCAACCCCCUUUGUGCCCUACACAGUAUCACAUUUGAAACUUUGUGCUGGAAUCAUGAUAACUGCCUCUCACAAUCCAAAGCAGGAUAAUGGUUACAAGGUCUACUGGGAUAACGGGGCUCAGAUCAUCUCUCCUCAUGAUAAAGGGAUUUCCCAGGCUAUUGAAGAAAAUCUAGAGCCAUGGCCUCAAGCUUGGGACGAUUCUGUAAUCAAUGGCAGUCCACUCUUUCAUGACCCAAGUGCUUCCAUCAAUAAGGACUACUUUGAAGACCUUAAAAAGUACUGUUUUCACAGGGCUGUGAACAGGGAGACCAAGGUGAAGUUUGUGCACACCUCCGUCCAUGGCGUGGGUCACAGCUUCGUGCAGUCGGCUUUCAAGGCUUUUGACUUUGUUCCUCCCGAGGCUGUUCCCGAACAGAAGGAUCCCGAUCCUGAGUUCCCAACAGUGAGAUACCCAAAUCCUGAAGAGGGUAAAGGUGUCUUGACAUUGUCUUUUGCUUUGGCUGACAAAAGCACGGCCAAAAUUGUUUUAGCAAACGACCCAGAUGCUGACAGACUUGCUGUGGCAGAAAAGCAAGACAGUGGUGAAUGGAAAGUGUUUUCAGGCAACGAGUUGGGGGCCCUCUUGGGCUGGUGGCUCUUUACUUCUUGGAAAGAAAAGAACCAAGAUCGCAGCGCCCUCAAAGACACAUAUAUGUUGUCCAGCACCGUCUCCUCCAAAAUCCUGCAGGCCAUUGCCUUAAAGGAGGGCUUUCACUUCGAGGAAACAUUAACUGGCUUUAAGUGGAUGGGAAACCGAGCCAAACAGCUAAUAGACCAGGGGAAAAAUGUCUUAUUUGCUUUUGAAGAAGCAAUUGGAUAUAUGUGCUGCCCUUUCGUUCUGGACAAAGAUGGAGUCAGUGCCGCCGUCAUAAGUGCAGAGUUGGCCAGCUUUCUCGCAACCAAGAAUUUGUCUUUGUCUCAGCAGCUAAAGGCCAUCUAUGUUGAGUAUGGCUACCAUAUCACCAAAGCUUCGUAUUUUAUCUGCCACGAUCAAGGCACUAUUAAAAAAUUAUUUGAAAACCUUAGAAACUACGAUGGGAAGAAUAAUUAUCCAAAAACUUGUGGCAAAUUUGAAAUUUCUGGUAUUAGGGACCUUACAACUGGCUAUGAUGAUAGCCAACCUGAUAAAAAAGCUGUUCUCCCUACUAGUAAAAGCAGUCAAAUGAUCACCUUUACCUUUGCUAAUGGAGGUGUGGCCACCAUUCGGACCAGUGGGACAGAGCCCAAAAUCAAGUACUAUUCGGAACUGUGCGCCCCCCCUGGAAAUAGUGAUCCCGACCAGCUGAAGAAAGAACUAAAUGAACUAGUCAGUGCUAUUGAAGAACAUUUUUUCCAGCCACAAAAGUAUAACCUGCAGCCAAAAGGAGAGUAAACUAUCCCAGCCUUGGGCAUAAUUACAUUUCCCUACAAUUAAGCUGAACUUGAUUUCUUAAGCAGUGUUUUUGUGGGCUAAAUAAUUUAAACUAUUGCUACAAGUAUUCAUAUUUUUUUAAUAGACCUACACUCCUCCUUGUUUUAUGUUUGAACUUUAAGG